UAUCUCUGAGUUCUAUGUUUCAACACACCUGUGUGUCCUUUAACCUCUAAUACAAAGGUCACCAUCCAUAAAAACAAUUACACCAAUCAGCGGGUAUAAAAAUUAACAAGGUGCACAAAACUAGAUCCAUGUUUUGACAAGCAACUCACUCUGUGAAGAGCUCCACCAAUAUGAAGACUAACAAGUUUCUUGUGAACGCUCUAAUAUUGCCUGCCUUGAUUUAUGUGUCCUCAUGUGCUUACGACCCAGAAGAGGAAGAUCCCUUGUUCUGGAAAGUAUCAGCUCAACAAUCGUUGAUACGCUCUUUUGAACUCCGACCCCUUGUCCAGAGAGCCAAAAACGUCAUCUUGUUCCUGGGAGAUGGAAUGGGAAUUCCCACUGUGACUGCAGCACGAAUCCUGAAAGGACAAUUACAAAAUAGGACCGGGGAGGAAACUGUUCUUGCGAUGGAGUCUUUCCCACAUCUUGGUCUGUCCAAGACGUACAAUGUUGACUUCCAAAUUCCUGACAGCGCGGGCACAGCCACUGCGUACCUGUGUGGAGUGAAAGCAAACUCCGGAACCGUGGGACUGAGUGCAGCCGCCCGGCGAAAAGUGUGCAACACCACUUUUGGCAAUGAAGUUGAAUCAGUCCUGAAGCGAUCUAAAGCUGCCGGGAAGUCUGUGGGCAUUGUGACAAGCACUCGUGUGCAGCACGCCUCACCCUCUGCCAAUUACGCCCAUUCCGUGGAGAGGAACUGGUACAGUGACGCCGAUAUGCCAGCAGAGGCAAUCGAAGCGGGAUGCAAAGACAUUGCCCUUCAGCUCAUACAUAAUGUAGACAUUGAUGUAAUAAUGGGAGGAGGAAGAAUAUACAUGACUCCGGCAGGAACCGCAGACCCUGAAUAUCCAAAAGAUCCCACCCAAAAUGGCAUUCGAAAAGACAAACAAAACCUGAUCGACAUCUGGCUUAAAAACAAAGAAGAUUCAGUUUACGUUUGGAAUAAAUCUCAGCUCGAUGGUGUAAACGUGAGGACCACCAAGUACUUGAUGGGAUUGUUUGAACCCAAGGAUAUGAAAUAUGACUUGAACCGAAAUUCAUUGAUGGAUCCAUCCAUUGCUGAAAUGACUGAGAAAGCCAUUCGAAUACUUAGCAAGAAUCCCAAAGGAUUUUUUCUGUUCGUGGAAGGUGGGAGAAUUGAUCACGGACACCAUGAUGGAAAAGCACACCACGCUUUGACAGAGGCUGUGAGGUUUGAUGAAGCUAUUGAAAGAGCCAGUCACUUCACAAGUGACUUCGACACCCUGUCUAUUGUCACAGCGGAUCAUUCCCACGUGUUUGCUUUUGGCGGAUACACUUUCCGUGGCAAUUCAAUAUUUGGUCUGGCACCAUUGAGAGCCGCUGACAAUAUGCCAUACACAGGUAUUGUGUAUGGUAAUGGACCUGGUUACGCAAUUAAGAAUGGAAGUCGACCCAACAUAAGCAAACCUAUAAUUGAGGACAAGGAAUAUAAACAGCAGGCUGCUGUUCCGCUGGAUUCAGAAACCCACGGUGGGGAAGACGUGCCAAUUUACGCCAAAGGUCCCAUGUCUCAUCUGUUCCACAACACACACGAGGAACAUUACAUCGCACAUGUGAUGGCCUAUGCAUCUUGCAUUGAGCCAUACCCCCAGUGUUCGAUGAACGUUUGGGCUGGAAGUGGAGCCCUUUCUCUCUCUACUGCUCUUUUCAGUCUUUCACUAGCAGCACUUUAUUUACUGAAAUAUUAAAACUCUUUAACUGAAAGGCUGAGAUGUGGAAUUAAAGAAAAGGAAGCUUUGUUGAACGUUUGAAAGUGUGCAUCAACCCUUAAUUUUUUACUUGACUCAAACUGUGCUUUUCCAUUUUUCUUCCGACUCAGCUAAAACAAGAAAUACUUUCUCUUUUUAGAAGAUUUUUUUAUGCACUGCCCCAGGUAGCAGUCGAUGAGAAAUUGACUGAGGAGCUUAAGAGAUGGACAGAUUUGCCAAACGGAAAUAGUAAUAAUGCUUACAUUUGUGUUACAGUGGUCUUCAUGUCAGGAGGAUGUCCCAAAGUGCUUCACAGUAUAUAUUGAAAAGUGGAGUGACUGUGUUUUGUGGAUGAACGGUGGUUUAAAUAUGAUAAUAGUUCCCUGACAUAAAGACAGGGAAGUGGAUUGGCGAAGUAGUGGGUCCACAGUACUGUGGAAUGUUCUGUGAUGAAGCAGGUUGAAUAGAUCAAAAUGUCCCUCUGUUCCUAAAUUCUUUUAUGUCACCCCUGAAACAUAAAUCUGUAUUUCUCUAACAGAUUCUGAUUGAGUUAAUCUGAAAUUCCAGCAUUUCUUUCCCAUUAUAUUUAAUUCCAUUUUCGUGUACCAUAUCCUAAUUCUUUUAAUUGUUGUGUUUUUUAAUAACUGCAAAUAAAAUAAUAAAACCAUAUUAACUGAAUAAGCAGUGAUGACAUAGGGCCACUAACCCAAUUUAUUGCUGUGUGGGAAUUGUGAUUGUUGUCAUAAAUGGUUUUAUUGUUACUGGAAUCAUCACAUAAGAUUUUUCCAUCUGUUGAUUUCUGAUUCUUUUACAAAUUAGCUGGUUAGUUCUUUUUGCCUGAUAAAGGCAGAUGAUUCACUCCUAAUUACAUAAGCAUAAUAAAACUUGAAGUGUAAGUCAAAAUUAA